AUGAGGAUGGAAUAUGACGACGCCGCCUGGGAAGGUAGGGAACAGGUUUUCGACGACGUCAAGAAAAGGAUCACCAGCCAUGAUGUGCUUCUCGUAGUCAUCCGCUUCAUGGCAAGCCACAGGGACUGGGUCCGACCAAUUGAUCGUGCCCGAAUUGAAGGCCUGGGCGCAUUCAGCCUCUGUUCCAGGAUGGUCUUCGAGGACGGGUUCUCCCUCCUCCGUUUUCCAUGUCCGGGUAGAGUGAUGUUUGCAGAGGAAAAGGUCCGAAAUGAGGCUACAGUCAUGGUUUUCCUCAAGGAAAGCACGCGCAUCCCCGUUCCAGAUAUCAUUCAUCAUGGCAUGCGAGAUGAGUGUCCGGCGGGACUAGGCCCGUUUAUUCUUAUGGAGUAUGUGGAGCAUGCAUCGAAUUUGGCAACGCAGAUACGAGCCCCGGGAUAUGAGAAGGGCGUUCGCCCGGUUCUGGACCCGAACAUUGACGAAGAGAAGCUCGAGUUUUUCUAUGGUCAAGUAGCUGAUAUUCUGCUGGAGCUUUCUAAGCCGUCUUUUGAUAAGAUCGGCUCGCUGGCCAGACAUGCAGAUGCGAGGGGCUGA